AUGGCAGCAUGGCUAGACAUUGUCAGAGAAGGAGAGGACUGGGCUCUAGUUGAUACGGACCGGCUAGGUGACCUUGUCAGGGGGAUGUCGUUUCCUGAACGCCAAUAUCCGGAUUUAAUUUACUUCGCAGGUCAUAAAAGCCGAAUCAGAGCCCUACGAUCUUUCCUUCCACAAAAUAAUGUCACCCGCAAGGGUGCUAAUGGGCUGAUCCGCCUACAUAUUGACCAUAAGGCUAUCAAUACGGAUAGCCCUCUCAUGAUUGCUGAGAGCAGUCUAUGCUUACAGCAGAGUACUGGCGAUACCAAAUGGCUCAGACACGCGACUACCAAGCAUCGAAAAUACGCACUCUCGAAGGCGGGAGGCUUGUCUUCCCCUGGAUCAAUACAGGAAGAAACAAAAAGACAGCUCGUCCUACCAUGGACCCGGGUCUUGUGCUUGUUUGUCGAAUCCGAAUCCGAUCUCAAAUCCACGCAAAGUUUGCUCCAGCAACCGCAUAGGCAGCUUCAAGUCGGGAGCCAAGCUAUUCGAUCUUCACCCGAGGUGAUCAUUAUAAUCAAUAAGAACAUUCACGGGCCAGCGAUCGCCUCACCAAGAUAUGAAAAACUGCGUCAGAUAGUCGAGGGAGGAAGGAUCACAUUCCUAGAUCUGAGUUCAAGAUCCAGUCUUUCUGACACGAUCGCUUUUGAGCCGUUGUGGGCCCUUAUAUCUGAGAAACUGCAGUCAGUCCACGCCGAAGAUGAGAUAGUCUGUGGUCGGUUUUCUGCAUUUCAUCUGAGCUCAUUCUGGGGCGCAAGUGUUCCAGCCAAUGGCCAGCUCUGCAAAGCAUCGCCAUUAGAUCUGCUGGCUCAAGCUCGCAUAGGGUUCCCCAAAACCGAGAAGAAAGAUGAAUUCCUGCACGAGCUUUUGCAAACUGCGAUGUCCUCUGUCAACCAUAGUGCUAUUCCAGAAGGAUUGGUCGAAGUUGUCGCUUCGGCUUUUCUGAUGAAUGCUUAUCCACCGGGCAUGCACGGAUUCCCUCCCUCGGCAGUCUUUACCGCCCUAUUCGAGGCUCAUUGUACAGAUAUCUGGAGCGGUUAUCCUUUUGGGAGUCUCACCGAACGCAUUCGAUCGCGCUUUGUUGAAAUGUUCGCGGAAUUGAGCGUCAACAGAACUUCCUCAUCUAUCCGUAAAGAUGCACUUGGCCAAUUUCAUCGUCAGGAGAGGAAACCUUUAUUCCACUACCACCUGCUUUGUUUGCUUGCUUCGGCCCCCAGAGCAUAUGUUACCAUGGCGUAUCAAGUAGAAAUUGUCCAAUGUCCGAUUUGUGAACGCAAGUGCAACAUGACCAUCCGUCAACUUCCUCCGACAAAGCGCCCCGUUAUUCUCAGCCUAGACGGAGGAGGUGUCCGCGGCCUCAUCCAGCUGGGACUUCUCUGUGCAUUGGAAAAACGCAUUGGUAUACCCAUUUCAUUGCUGCCGGACCUGUGCGCCGGAACGAGUGUAGGUGCCUUGGCGGCAAUUGACAUCUUCAUCAACGGUAGUUUGGCCACCAGCUGUUUCCUCAAAUUCCCCGAUCUGGCACGAAAGAUUUUCCGUCGUGAAUACAGGCAUCCGAUUCUUCGCUAUGCCCAUUGGCUGGCCUCUGCAUUCAAUCUGACCUCCCACGGGCUCUACGAUUCGAGAAGUUUGUCGGAAACUUUACAAGAAGCCAUCAAUCCUGGUCGUCGAGUCUUUGAUGUUCCUACCAUGAGCCCCUCAGGCUGUCGAGUGGCUGUUGUAGCAAGUCGUACCUCCGAUGGAAAGGCAUGCGUGAUGGCAAACUAUCGAGGAGUGGGUCGGAAUGCAGCUCCUGCUGCCUAUCACUUUGUGACUCCCCACGACAAUCAAGAGGACCUGAAUUUGAUAGAAAUAACAAUCUCCAGCGUUGCAGCACCCUUUUAUUUCUCGACCAAAGUGUUACCUGGCCUAGGGCCGCUACAAGAUGGCGGAGUGCGUGCAAACAAUCCGUUGUCAAUUGCUCUGCGCGAGUCAAGUAUGGUUUGGCCUGCAGCAGAAAGACAUGAUCUCCUUCUUUCAGUCGGAACCGGGUGGUCGUCUUCUGUCCAAGAUCCCUCCUCAGGCUGUUGUAGUAGACUACGGGAGGGUGCUCUCCCGCGUCUUCUCCGGGCCUUGAUGUUCUCCCCCUCGAUGGACGGGAAACAAGGAUAUAUCGAAGCACUCAAUUAUCUUCCUCAUCAUUCAAAGCCCGAUGUUUUUCGACUUGAUCAUGAGGUCCAUGGUCCAAUACCCGAGUUAGAUGAUAUCAAUUCAUUGGAAAAGAUGCUAGAGAUGAAAUUCGCCGUCCCAGAUCCGCUCGUUCGGGCAGUUCUCGCGACGGCAAUGUUUUUCUUUGAGCUGGAUGAAACCCCCCGUGAGAAGCCACGACAGCUUUCAAUGCCGAGGCUCGAUCCUUUGUGCGAGAGCCGGUGCUGUUUCAAUCCUCCAGCGAGUGUUAGUCGAAUUUCCGGGUGCACGGUUUCAGACUAG